GCCAGUGUGCUGUAUUUUCCGGUUGUCUGCUCUGGAAAGGGGUCGAGACAUAGCUCCAUUGCAAGCACAACAACACUGGAUAUUGCAGGGUGUGUUUCUAUGGUCAAUUCCAUUCGCAUAACGUAUUCGUUUGGUAAAACCGACAUAUCUUACAUCAACAGUUGCUUGUGUGGAUAAUCUAUUCAGAAUCAGCUAAAUAAAUGCUGCUACAAUGGCAAUCAAGGCUCAGGCACUCUAUGACUUCACUGCUGUGUCAGGCAACAAUGAGUUGAGCAUCCAAGAGGGAGAAACACUCACUGUCAUUAACUGGAAUGUUGGUGGAGGCUGGGUAGAAGCUCAAAACUCUAAAGGACAAACAGGCUUGGUGCCAGAGGAUUAUAUACAGACCAAUUCAGGAUGUAUAGCUGCUUCAGUAGGACAUCAUACUAAUGCCUACAAUUCCAGUUCUCACAACACUGCAGUCACUCAGGGAGUUAAUAGCAGUGAACACACUAACAACAGUCGAGUCGAGAACUGGGGUUACGGUCAACAGCAAGUGCUGGCAUAUCAGGGUUCCAUUGAUGAUGAUGAGUGGGACGAUGAGUCAGAUGAUGGCAGGUCAAUGGGUGGCAACAGCUGGUCACAAACAGAAGAGGGUGGAGGGAGAAUACAGCGGAGUGCAGCACAUCACUCUGUGAAGAUUUCUCUUAACAAAUUUCCAGUUUUUUCCAAGGCACCGAAUCCUGAAGUGUAUUUGCUAUCAAAACAUUUGCCUAAACAAACUGACAGAUUGCCAAUAUAUAUGGGAGAGGUGGGUCCAGUGUGGUUGUAUCCACAAAGUCAGUUAGACUGUGUGGUAGCUGAUCCCAAAAAGGGAUCAAAAAUGUAUGGCCUGAAGAGCUAUAUUGAAUAUCAGAUUACACCUAAUAGUACAAAUAGACCUGUCAAUCACAGAUACAAGCACUUUGACUGGCUGUAUGAGAGGCUUACGGAAAAGUUUGGCUGUGCACUCCCUAUCCCAAGUCUUCCAGAUAAACAAGUCACAGGUCGGUUUGAAGAUGAAUUCAUUAAAAUGCGAAUGGAACGUCUACAGGCUUGGAUGUCUCGUAUGUGCCGACAUCCCGUAGUCUCAAAUAGUGAUGUUUUUCAACUGUUCCUCACCUACAAAGAUGAGAAGGACUGGAAAGAAGGCAAACGCAAAGCAGAAAAGGACGAGACAGCGGGAGUAAUGAUCUUCUCGUAUAUGGAUCCCGAGGUCCCAGAUCUAGAGCCUACAGAAGUAGAGCAGAGGUAUGAGACAUAUAGCCGCUUCACCAGAUCUAUGGAUGAUGGUGUUAAAGACCUCCAUUCUGUCAGCCAUCUUCACUGGAAGAGAUGUACAGGACCCCUACAGAAGGAAUACCGGCACAUUGGGAAAGCACUUCAGAACCUGUCCUCGGUUUUCAACACAAGUGGAUACCAGGGAGAAGCAACUCUUACUGAAGCCCUAAUGACAACAGGGAAAAUAUAUGAGGAAAUAGCAGAAAUUGUUGCUGGACAGCCAAAAAAAGACCUACACUACCUGAUGGAAACCAACAAUGAAUACAAAGGACUACUCGGAUGCUUCCCUGACAUUAUUGGAGUCCAAAAGUAUCUGUCAGUCACCUUCCCCUUCUUCAGCACCAAAGAUCUGAACUUCCCUGGCUGGAAGCCCAUCUGUGCCCAUAUGAUGAGCUUCUCUAACCUCUGGAAAGUCCACCUGCAUCCUGACACUGAGGCUGCUAUUGAGAAAGUGAAAGAUGCUGAUCGUCUUGUGGCCAUGAAUAAAAUCGCACCUCAGGACAAGCAUAAUAUGGCAAAGAAUCUGAGUACAAUGUCAUAUGCAUUUCAAGCGGAGAUGAACCACUUCCAUAGCAACCGUAUCUAUGACUACAACAGAGUCAUGCAGUUCUACUUGCAGGAGCAGGUGAAAUUCUAUGAGACUAUUGCGGAGAAGCUAAAGCAGGCGCUCAGUCAGUACACAAACUUGUGAGGACAACCACCACCCAUCACGGACACCCUAACACCUAUCACAGACACACCCUAAUACACAUCAUAGCCACACCCUACUGUCCAUCAGGGACACUCUACUGUCCAUCAUGGAACCCUACCACCCAUCAUGGACAUCAUACCACCUGUCAUGGAUUACACCCAUUGCCACCAAUAAGGCUAGCACACUUUGCCAUCAACUCUGAAAUAUGCAAUAUUUCUACACAUGUAUGGUCAUUCUUUCAGUUUCUAUUUGUUUUUUUCUAUUCUUUCUAUACUCAUAAAACCAAUGCAUUGAAUUCAUGUUUUGUUUGCUCAGUGUGUAUUUAUAUGACAUGUGGAUAAGUACAUGUCAAUAGUGCACAGUACACAGUGACAACAUUUCCAGGCUAUUGUUACACCUAAUCUAAGUGAAAAUAAUUUAAUAGCACAACCUGGAUGUUGCAGGAAUGUUGAUUAGGGCAUUGCUUGGGUUAUUAGUUGACAUGCAGUCAGAUUCAGACAACAGUUUAACAGUAAUCUGAUUAUAAUUAUACUAUAAUCCAAAAGUGUUUCAAUUAACACCUUAUUUUUGCACUAUUAAAAAGGUAUAGCUCAUGUAUAGUCAUGUAUAGUCAUUAUGCACCAAUAACCCACGAGUAAGCUCUUCUCCCUCACAUAGAAUUAUUUAACUACAUGUGACUUCUAAAACCGUCCCCCCUUGUUUGCAAAUGUUUUGUGAUAACCUAAUAGAAAAAAAAAUUGCAUUCAUUUGCAAAUAUUCUUGAUUCAUAAUUAUGAAGACUCUGAGCUGUUACUAUGCUGCUUAUUCUUUUGUUCAUGGAGGUUGCCCUUGCCUGGGAGGUUACAUUUGCCUGGGACCAGUUUGUCCCUGUCCUUGAGUUACAGCAUUGUCAUAUAUGCCUGUAUCAAGAUGUUUUCUUUAAAAGUUGAAAACAUACCUACUUGGAUUUAUACCUUGAGGCUUGACUUUGAAAUGUGUGGCCUAAUGCAGUUCUGUAUUUUCUAAAACACUGUAUGUUUUAGAUCCACUACUAAUUAUUACCACAUAUCUAAAACAACCAUUUUCUAUGUAUUACAGUUCCUGUGUAUCCACUGAAUGUAAUGUAUCCUCUGUGUCUUAGAUUUUGUUGUCUUUAAACUAUGAUGAAGACUGUUAAGAAUGUCGAUAUUAUACAAAGCUAUAUGCUUUUACCUAGCUCUCCUAUGGUCCUGUUUAACAUAAAGUAAGCUAUAUAUCUUUA